AUGUUACUCAAUCACAAACACUUUCAUGUAAAUGAUAAUAAUAAUAUAUCUACAUCAAUACCUUCAAAAUCAUCAUCAUUAUCAUCAAGUCUAUUAAUCAUUGUAAUUAUUAUUAUUGCAAUGAUAGGUUUAUUUAUAUCUAUAAUUAGUUUUUUAAUCUAUCGAUAUCAUAAAAAUCAACGUCAUUAUUUAAAAACUUUAACACGAACAAUCUAUGAUACAUUACAAAAUUCAUCUUAUAAUAUUACUAUACCAACAUCCUACUGA